CCACACUUCCAAUCACCACCACGUUCCCAACCACAGCCCAGCCAAGCCCCACACCCCUAACCCCCAUCACAACAGCCAAGCCAAAACCUGCCCCCACACUCCCAGUGCCAACCCCAGACAAGCCAAAACCCAUGGCACCAGCAACCACCAGAGCCAUAGCCGUGCCAGAGCCCACCAUGCCAGCACCCACCGCCACUACUACCAAGCCAAAGGCCACCAUGCUGACAACCACUGCACCAAAACCCACCACAGCUAUGACCAAGCCAGCACUCACCACAGCCACCACUGCAGCCAAGCCAGCACCCACCACACCAACACCUACCACUACUACAGCCAAGCCAAUACCUGCUGCUACAACAUCAGCAAAGCCCAAACUCACCACCACCACCACACCGGCUUCUACCACAACAGCAAAGAUGCAGCCAAACCCUACCACAACCACAAAGCCAGAACGCACUGAAACAGAAAGACCCACUCCUACUGAGGCAACUGGGCUAUCUCUUUCCUUGGAGCCCACUUCACACUUGGGUUAUGAAGCAUCUCCAGAAGCAGAGGUAGACACUGGAGAGCCUGUUAGCCCCUUAACUACAGAGGAUCCAGCCUUGUUAGAAAGCACGGGCACAGCCUUCAGCCCCAAAUCAGUCCCAGAAACAAAUCAAGGUCUCAAAGAGGAUGGGAAGGAGAAAUCGGCCUUUUCCAGCCCACCUCCAUCCCUCAGCCAAAUAGUUCCAGAGAUCAAGUUAGGCUUCAACAAAGCUGAGCUCAUAACCCCCUCAAAGGCAGUGCUCUUCAGCCCCGAAGAACCCACCUUCUUGCGCUUAACUUCAUCUGCCAAAGACCAAAAAGGGCAGAGCCCUGCUUUCCAGAACUCCCUCUCAGCAGGAGCCCUGGACACCGAAGAACUGGAGGCAAGCUCUGACCAGGCAAGCGUGGAUCAGCCCACGGCUGGAGCCCCCAGUACCUGCAUGGGGCUUUCGCUCUUCCUCCUGCCCAGUGUCAUCCUGGUGGGCUUUCUGCUUUGAAUGGUCUUCCUCAGCUGUCCCUGCACCGGUCACCAAGGCUUUCUUCAGCACUGGUUGUUCCACAACCCUGGUAGGCUUGGGAGAUGCCAUAGACAGUACAGGUUGACACGCUCUCUUCUUAUGCUGCCUUACCUGCUCCAGCCCCAGCGAGCCAAGGGCAGCUGGCAGUCCCAUAGGAACCUGGUCCCCUUCUGAGGAGACCCAAGGGCAGGAGGGUGUCUGCCCUAGGGCUGAUGACCUUGGAUGCUUCUCCUUUCCUCUCAGCCAGCCUGGACUUGUGGUCCGUUUCCAAACGGAAUGCGAUGAGCUCUCCCACCACCCGUGUGGCUGGCCGGCCCUGCCGCACCGUGUCCCAGGGAAAGCAGAAUGACUUGGAAACCCGAGUGGCACUGAGACAUGGGCACUGCUGUUUGUCUGUACAUGAGACAUGGUGGUUGGGUUUGUCAGGAUAAGCUCCCAGCACUCUUUGCUCCUCCUGAUGUGUCUGUUUCAGUUCUGGAGAAGUUUCAUCUCUUCCCUUCUUGUCCAAAAAGUGGCUUCUUCUUUUUUCCACAGGAAAGGAUUUCUAUUUCCUUCCUGGUUCUGCUACAGCUAUGGCCAGUGCUACCCAAAUGUUCUCCUUGCUCCUCCUCACACCGCUGCAGCCUUUGCCUCCUUCCUCUCUUCUGCUCUCUGCUGCAUGUACCCAUUCCACAGCCAUGGAAUCAUGGAACCCCAGCCUGGUUUGUGUUGGAAGGGACCUUAAAGCCCACCCAGCU